AUGACGAAGGGGAAAGGGCGCAACCCAGGCGCCAGCGGGCUCGACAAGCACCUCAAGCGCAAGACCCACCUAGAACGGUCGCAGCCGAAGUCGCGCCAGCAUCUCGGCCAGCUCGAGAAGCACAAAGAUCAUGUUCUCCGUGCAAAGAAGCGCAAGGUUAAGGUGCGCCGCCUGCAGGAAAUCAAGCGCGCCGCAGCGCAGCGCAACCCAGAUGAGUUCAACAUUGGCAUGACGAAGGCGGUUAUGGAUGUGGCGAAUGGCCGCAUGAGGAAGCGCCGGGUCCGGCUGGUCGACUCUGACCGGAAGAAGGACAUGCAAAAGACGAUUGACCACAACCGGCGCAAUGUGCAGUAUCUCGAGUUCAAGGCCCAGGCCGACCAGCAGCGGGCGACCGAGCUGCUGAACGAGGAGGCGGCGGCAGCGCUGACGUCGACUGCCCCUCAGAACAAGCACAUUGUCUUUGUAAACUCCGAAGAGGAGUUCCGAAGCUUCAACCCGCUCAAGCACUUUGACGCGACGCCGGAGAUGAUGCGGCAGCACCCGGCGGUGCGCGGCCGCAUCAGCGUCCUGGAGAAGACGGUGAUGCCGGAGGAGAUUCUCAUGAGCGGCGGGCACCAGAUGAAGUCCGCCGCACAGAAACGCAAGGAGCGGCGCGAGCUGCAGGAGAAGAUGCGCCGCAGCGGUGCCGACGCCACCCCCGAGACACGGGCCGCCUUUGUGGAGCGCCUGCGGGCCAAGAAAGAGCUCAAGCAGUACCAGUUCACAGAUCUACUGGAAGAGGUAAAGCGCGAGAGAGAGGCGACCGCCUCCUCAUCCAAGGGCGCCACAGGCGAUGACGGCGAGCAUGAGGAGGCGGCGGCGCAGGAUGAGGUCACGCGGCUGCUUGAGUGGCGCCGUGAACAGGAGCGUCAGGCGGCGAUAGCGACGGCGCGGCACGUGCGCGAGGUCGGUCAGCGCCUACAGCGAAGCAAGAGUCUAUCUGCUUUGGCGAAGAGCAUCCGCAAGCAGUCGCAAGGCAUCAAGCGACAAAUGGAGCAGAGGCGGGAGAGCCGCUUCAAGCCCGGAGCGACGCGGCGCGCGCGGUGA